GUGCGGAGCCCGAUUGUCACUCAGCUCCCGCGCCGGGGGCGACAGAGCCGCCGGCGCCCGAGUCGAGUCCCAGCCAGCUACCAUCACUCUGGACCUUACAGGCCGGCCUUGGCUUCCCCAGGAAUCCCUGGAGCGAGCGGCUGCUGAAGGCGUCAAGGUGUGGGGGCACUUGGACAGAACAGCUCAGGUAGCCGGGAACUCUGCUAGCUUUGGUGACCUUGGGCCGGGCUGGGAGCUCUGCGGCGGGAGCCAGAGGACUAUGAGCUGCCGCGCGGUGUCCACCGCCCAGCCUAGCCCUACCGCGCGCGGCCCGGAGCUCUGUUGCCUGGAACUUUGGGCACUACCUCUGGGACCCCUGCCGGCCAGCAGGCAGGAUGGUGCUUGCCUCGUGCCCCUUGGUGCCCGUCUGCUGAUGUGCCCAGCCUGUGCCCGCCAUGCCGCCCUCCAUCUCAGCCUUCCAGGCCGCCUACAUCGGCAUCGAGGUGCUCAUCGCCCUGGUCUCUGUGCCUGGGAACGUGCUGGUGAUCUGGGCGGUGAAGGUGAACCAGGCGCUGCGGGAUGCCACCUUCUGCUUCAUCGUGUCGCUGGCAGUGGCUGAUGUGGCCGUGGGUGCCCUGGUCAUUCCCCUCGCCAUCCUCAUCAACAUUGGGCCACAGACCUACUUCCACACCUGCCUCAUGGUUGCCUGUCCGGUCCUCAUCCUCACCCAGAGCUCCAUCCUGGCCCUGCUGGCAAUUGCCGUGGACCGCUACCUCCGGGUCAAGAUCCCUCUCCGAUACAAGAUGGUGGUGACCCCCCGGAGGGCGGCGGUGGCCAUCGCCGGCUGCUGGAUCCUCUCCUUGGUGGUGGGGCUGACCCCUAUGUUUGGCUGGAACAAUCUGAGUGCAGUGGAGCGGGCCUGGGCAGCCAACGGCAGCAUGGGGGAGCCCGUGAUCAAGUGCGAGUUCGAGAAGGUCAUCAGCAUGGAGUACAUGGUCUACUUCAACUUCUUUGUGUGGGUGCUGCCCCCGCUUCUCCUCAUGGUCCUCAUCUACCUGGAGGUCUUCUACCUAAUCCGCAAGCAGCUCAACAAGAAGGUAUCGGCCUCCUCUGGUGACCCACAGAAGUACUAUGGGAAGGAGCUGAAGAUCGCCAAGUCGCUGGCCCUCAUCCUCUUCCUCUUUGCUCUCAGCUGGCUGCCUUUGCACAUCCUCAACUGCAUCACCCUCUUCUGCCCGUCCUGCCACAAGCCCAGCAUCCUCACCUACAUUGCCAUCUUCCUUACGCACGGCAACUCGGCCAUGAACCCUAUCGUCUACGCCUUCCGCAUCCAGAAGUUCCGCGUCACCUUCCUUAAGAUUUGGAAUGACCAUUUCCGCUGCCAGCCCGCACCCCCCAUUGAUGAGGAUCUCCCAGAAGAGAGGCCUGAUGACUAGACCCCACCUUCUGCUCCCACCAGCCCACAUCCAGUGGGGUCUCAGUCCAGUCCUCACUUGCUCACUGUCCCAGGGGUCUCCCUGAGCCUGCCCCAGCUGGGCUGUGGGCCAGGGGCACGGGGGAGGCUCUGAAGAGAUACCCACAGAGUGUGGUCCCUCCACUAGGAGUUAACUACCCUAUACUUCUGGGCCCUGCAGGAGGCUUGGGAGGGCAAGGAUCCUACAGAGGGACCGGGUGUCCAGA